AUGGCGAAAAGGAAGUACCCGAAGGUUAGGCCGGCUGUGAAGUUGACGGAGCCAAUCCCCGGCGUCAGCUUCCACUGCCUAUGCUGCGACCAUGACACCGGCGUUCUCUGCUACAUGUACUUCGAUGAUCGUGUUGGAGAGCUUUCUUGCAGGAUAUGCCAUGCGCUUUAUUCCACCAUGAUCGAUAAAGAUUCCACGGAGCCCAUUGACAUAUAUGAAGAAUGGCUCGAAAAAUGCAAACAAACAGACUAUGCGGAUGCUAAUCCUUGGAAGCAGUUCGCGGAACUCAAGCUAGAUGGACAAGCAAACUCCUUGAAGAAGCCCAAGCGGCUGCCAAAGGACGAUGAAGAAGAUUGUCCUGUUAAAAAGCUAGCUAAAAUGAGGCUAGACUGA